CUCUGGAACCAUUAAAAUUUCGCAAACCUGCGUUGAAAUUUCCAAUCAAAAAAAUCUACAAAAGCCACACACCAACCAAACACAAUGAAGAUAUAUAAAGACCCAUUUCUCCAUUUCUCUACUUCCCAAAAUAUCACCCCCCGUACCCAUCCAUGGCUUCUUCCACUACUCUUCUUGUUCACUCCCCAGCUCUCCUCUCUCGCUCUUCUCCAGCAUCGACAUCCCAGCCACCCUCUACCCCUUCUUUCCAUAUUCGUUCAAGAAAGAUCCCCAAAGUUCAAACUCUCCAAACUUCGAUACAUCCCAAUCGAAAUCCAUUUCGUGUAUUGGCCGCCGGUGAGGUAUCCGUGGCGGCCGACCCUCGGCCGCCGCCGCCGCCAGAUUCUUGGUUCCAGGACUCGAAGACCAAGGUUAUUGCAUCGCUGAAGCUCAAAUUACUGAGUGCUGUUUCGGGGCUAAACAGAGGGCUCGCUGGAACUGAAGAUGAUCUACGAAAGGCAGAUGCCGCUGCCAAGGAGCUUGAAGAUGCUGGAGGACUUGUUGAUCUUUCCAAUGAUCUUGAUAAACUACAAGGAAGAUGGAAACUAAUAUAUAGUAGUGCAUUCUCAUCUCGUACUCUUGGUGGGAGCCGACCUGGCCCCCCCAUUGGAAGGCUACUUCCUAUAACCCUUGGCCAGGUAUUUCAAAGGAUCGACAUUUUAAGCAAGGAUUUUGACAACAUAGUUGACCUCCAAUUGGGCACUCCAUGGCCUAUUCCUCCCAUUGAAGUGACUGCCACGUUAGCCCACAAAUUUGAACUCGUAGGAUCUUCCAAGGUCAAGAUAACAUUUGAGAAAACAACCGUAAAGGCUACCGGCAAUUUAUCGCAACUACCUCCAUUGGAGAUACCUCGGAUUCCAGAUAACUUCAGGCCGCCAUCAAACACAGGAAGUGGCGAAUUUGAAGUUACUUAUGUUGACUCUGAUACCCGUAUCACUAGGGGCGAUCGGGCCGAGCUUAGAGUUUUUGUGAUUGCAUAAGCUUUUAGCCCGUCACAACACGAUGUUUCUCGUGUAACUCUCUCUCUCCCUCUCUCGCCAUGUCCUUUCUUCUUCGCGGCUCGAAUGUGUGUGGGUAAAGUUACAAGGAGGAUGAUACUUUGUUGGUUGGCUUGUAAAUGACAGGUAUAGAGAGAGCUACUGCAUUAGAGCAGCUGUAAUAUUUUGUUUCCGAAACCUGUAUAAUGAAAAUCAAUUACAGCAGCCGUUUGAAU